AUGGCUACCACCGUUCCCUCAAAAAAGAAGAAGAUGGCGAUCCCCGCCGCCGCUGACAUUGCCGACGAUGCGCCGGUCCUGCCCGUGGACCUGGUGUACGACAUCCUGCUUUGCGUCCCGGCCAAGCCGCUCUGCCGCUUCCGCGCGGUCUGCCCCUCGUGGCGGUCCCUUCUCUGCGAUCCGACCUUCAUCGCCACCCACGCGGCCCGCCACCCUAGCUUGCUCAUCGCCGUGGCCAUGGAAAACACCGACACGGACGUCCAGAUCCUCGACAUGUCCGGGAACGUCGUCAAGCGGUUAAAAAGCGGGCAGCAGUGCUUAACAGACGAUAUGUGGACGCACCACGGCCUGGUGUUCCUCAAAGGCAAGGACGGACGCCACCACGUGCUCGACCCAGCCACCGGCGACACCUCCGUCUUGCCCGAUCGACCUAGUCAAGCGUAUAUGUACACAGUCGGCUGGGCCACCGCCGCGGGAGAGUACAAGGUGUUGAUCAUCCGCAAGAUGGAUCUGCACGAGGAGGUCUGCAUGGUACUCAGCCUCGGCGAUAAAAACCAUGGGUGGAGGGAGAGAGGGAGCCCUCCAGCCUGGGUCGGCCCGCGCGGAGAAGUCGCCGUCGUCAGGGGGAUUGCCUACUUCUUGGUAUCCGGCAUAAAAUGCGGAUGGGACGAUUGGAUCGUGGCUUUCGACCUCGAGCUGGAGGCAUGGCGGCCAGCUUCCAUCCGCGGCCCGAUGGAAAAGCAAGACAACCCGAUCUACCAAUCCUGUGUCAACUUGGCCGAGGUGCAUGGCCAUCUGGUGGCAUCUGUCCAUAAGCGCAGCUCAGAUAUUUGCGUUGUAGAGCUGUGGUUUCUCACGGACCCUCACGAGCCUCUUUGGUCCAAGCGGUACAACAUCACCCUCCUACCAACCACUACAGAUGUCUUCGAGUCCUUCGGGAUGCCAUUGCAGGUGCUGAAAGACGGGAGGAUCCUCGUCUGGAUUUGGAAACAGAACCCCAAAUACCGGGGGGUACCGCGGGUGUACGAUCCAGAAACGGAAACUUUCACGGAAGGGGCAGCGUCAGCAGGUCGCCGUGCUGUAGCCGGCGUUUACACAGGCUCCCUGCUGCGUACCGUAAGUGCACUACCGUAG